AUGCGAUCAGUUGAAGAGACUACUGAUGACACCGAUAUCAAGACCAUAGCGAGCGACCUCACGGCCGCCGUGGGAGAGUUUGGAAGCCUUUUACAAGGCCUACUUAGCCUGUAUGAGCAGGAUCUUCACGGCGAAUUUAUAGAUGGAGACCAACUCAAGGAGGAAAACGAGACUUUAAAACGAGCCCUCCUACUUAUAGAUAGUUUAAAAAAUAGAAUUGCUAGACAAUCCGACGAAUUGUUGGAGACAAGAUCUGUUUACUCUCGUCAUUCUUCGCGCCGCUCAUUAGUCUCUAGUACUAGUAGCAGCGCUGCACGAUUGCAAGCGCUAGCCGAUGCGAGAGCCGCAAGUCAAGAAGCUCAGUACACGCGCCUCAUAGCAGAAAAAGAGCUCGAGCGCAGAGCGCGUGACGCCGAGGCGGAAAGGAUUCGGCAACAAGAAAAAGCGCGAUACGAAAAGGAGUUAAAGAUUCUAGGAGCAGAUAAAAAAGCCGCAGUAGCAAAUGCGAUUCCGAAUUGCCAUCACUUGAAGUUCCCGGAAUAA